AUGGUGAGCAAGUUACUCGAGUGUGGUGCUGAUCCACAGCGGUAUACCCCUUCGCCCUUGUGCCGCGCCGUUGAAGAUGAUCAUCAGGAUAUCGUUUCUGUUCUACUGAAAAGGGAUGUGCGAUCCCAGAAACCAGCCUUAAAACUUGCUGCAUUGCGAGGGAACUACUCCAUGGUUGAAUUUCUUCUGCGCAAUGGCUUGGAUGCUUCAGAGCAUGGGAAUGCUAGCCUAUAUGUUGCUGAAAGGAAAGGUUACAAGGACAUGGCUAAUUUACUGAAGCUUCAUGGUGCGACCAUUGAUACGCUCUCCGAUAGUGACAGAGAGAAUUGGGAAUCAGAAGACAGAGACGGUACUGAUCGCCCCAACCUUAAACAUGGGUGUUGCUGUGUUCCUCCUGAAGAAGAUGUUCCUGAUGAACCUUCAGAGCCUGAGUCUGAAAAUAUAGAUUCUAUGUGA